GUCCGAACAUUAACGCAUUCUAAAUUACCCUAUACAUGUUAAUAUUGUAAUAUGUAUAUGAAUAAUUAUUUUUUCUUCUGUCUGUUUCUUGGGUAGGUAGGUAUUCAAUGAAAAGGCAAUCAUUAGAGAUUUCCUGACGUUUCCAAUAGAUUCUUUAAUGAUUUCUGGUCGAUAUUCCGGCGAAGUUAGAGCAAUAUGCGCGAACUCAACUUAUGAGAAAUAAAAAUGCAAAAUCAUAACUGCAACUUGGCUCAGAACCUUAAAAAACCAAUAAAUCUGUAUAAAUUCAAUAAACCUUUUAUCAUAAUAAAAGUAGCAGAUUCAUGAAUGGUAUUUUUCCUAUACAGCACAAAAUGAUAACGAGUCUGAACUGUCCAAAUAACUCAACGAUGACCAAGCAAAGAACCAGCCCGUCUAGCCCUAGGGAGUUUUUUCAAAAACUUUACGGCCACCUCGAACCUGAAAAUAAUCCAAAAAAUAUCAUAUCGGAUGAUGUUCCACCUUUCUCCGACAUGGAAAAAACGCUCCAUGCAAAAGUAUCAUCGUCAAACUCUAGAAGAUCUGCAGAUGAACUGGUCGUACCUGUUCCGAUAUUAGCUACACCGAUACCGUUUCUGUUACCUACGGAAUCUCAUUUAGUUGCCGCAGCAGCAGGAUUAUCCGCAUUUCUGGCUAGAAGAAGACGAAAAGAAGGUAGACCUCGUAGACAACGAACAACUUUCAGCUCGGAACAAACCCUAAGCCUAGAAAUAGAAUACCAAAGAUCAGAAUAUAUUAGUAGAGGCAGACGAUGCGAAUUAGCUGACAAACUCCGGCUAUCGGAAACUCAAAUUAAAAUCUGGUUCCAAAAUCGACGAGCCAAAGACAAGAGAAUCGAGAAAGCUCAUUUGGAUCAGCAUUAUAGGAAACUAAUGGGUUCAUUUCAAAGCAGUCUAUGUCAAAUUUGUACCGACGGUCCCUGUUUUCAUUUGCAUAAUUUCAUCAAUGCUCAGAUGCAACAUUGCAGCACACAUCCAGAAGUAUCUCAGUCUCCUAAUAAUAGUUUGUUAGGUGCCAGUACUCUUUGUAUUGAUAAUAGUAGUAGUAGCAUAAGUGAGUCUAUUCAAUAG